UUCGCCCCGGGCUGAGAGGACAUUUUGCCUCCCCCUCCCGAAUUUUCCCAUUUACUACCACCAGUCCCAUCUCGAGAUAUCCUUCCCCAUUGCGAGAGGGCGCCUGAUUCUAUUUAGCACAGUGUCUUCUUACUAUCAGUCGCGAUUCGAAGAAAUCGCGGGUUUCGUGUAUGCCAUCCUUCCUUUCUGCGGGUUGGGAGCCACUACUCUGUUUAAUAACAACCGCGAAACCUUGAUCAGCGGUGGCCUUAACUCUGAUCGAUUUUACCUCUUUGGCCCCCUUUUGAACUAGGUUCGAACCUACAAUCACCAUAAACAAUGGUCAACGGCACCACCACGGUGUUGGAGCCUACCUUCACGGGAUAUGUCGCGACGACACAGGAUGCAUUAAUUUUAUUUGAGGCAUGUUUGACCGGGGUCCUGCAUCAUGUGCCCCGCCGACCUCAUGAUCGGGAACGCGGCCACUUGGUCCGGAGCGGCAGCGUGUUUAUUUACGAGGAAAAUUCGUCCGGCAUCAAGCGAUGGACCGACGGCGUCACUUGGAGCCCGAGUCGCAUUCUGGGCAACUUCUUAGUCUACCGGGAGCUCGAAAAGCCAUUCCCGCCGGGCGAGAAAAAACGCGCGAUGAAAAAGGCGAACCGACGGCCGGUCCCUCCGACGAGACCCGGGGAGCCCUAUCCACGACAUGAGAGUAACGGUAGUCAGAGCUACUCUCCCUCGUCCACUGGCACGUUCGGAGAGAGGUCGCACCAGUCGGAUGUGGAAAGAGCGCUGGUCGGAUCCUUGGUGGAUUCAUACGGCUUCAAGGAUUCGGGGUUGGUCAAGAAGACGAUGAGCGUGACCGUGUCCGGCGUGACGCACCAUCUAGUGUCAUAUUAUAGCGUGGAAGAUGUGAUGAGGGGUGUUUUGAACCCGCCGUCGAUGGUGGAUUCACUGCGCUUUAUCCGGCCUCGGGCAGAAUUGACCCAGAAGCAAAGCUUCCGGGCUCCCAUUGAUGAUCUGGAGACCGGCGGCAUGGAGAAUCCAAAUGACCCGUCUCAUGCGUUAUACGGAUACCGUCCGCAGCUCGUAGCCCCUCCAGGGUAUGGAAUGCCAAAUCCUCAUCCAGAUUUCUACAUGCACGCGAACCCUUACGCGGCAACGCAUCCGCCACAGUCGGCCCCGAUGACCGCCUACUCGAUGGCUGGAUCGAUCCCUGCCCAGCCGGCUCCAAAUCCCUAUCUCCCUGCUCCUUCUGCUCCGACUCAGAUUCCACAGAAACCGGACGACUAUCCACAGUUUCGCGCACCAGCGCAGUAUGGGACGAGCUUCGAUACGCUCAACCACAACCCUCUUUCGUCGUCUAUUCCUUCCGCAAUGGGCGCGGCCAUGCCGAGCUCCCUGAGCGACCGUAAUCGAUCCCACUCAGAUCACAGUCCCUCGGCUUAUCGGAACUCUUCAAUUUCCUCCCGGAGCGUUGCAACGGAUGCAACCUCACCGAUGGACCCUGCCACGCCGGCUACAUAUUCACGGGGGAACAGUUUCAGCCUAGCGGGGCAAUUAGAUGGUGCGUCGCAUCAGUCUCUGGAACAGCGCGGCAUGGCGGCUUUUGACCCUAGUAUCCCCCGUCGGGAGUCAAAUUCAAUUCCUACUCCCUAUUACGCUGCAGGUGACCGGCAUCCGUAUUAUGUGGGUGCCACCGCUCCAGCUGCCCAUGCCAACUACCCUGUUUCUACAUGGACCACGGCCGCUCCAGCGCAACCGCAAGUAUAACCAUCAUCUGGGAAACUUUCGGCUGGUUUUUAUUCUAUUUUUGUUUGGUGCCUUUCUUUGUCUUUUCCCUACCUUCUUUUCCCCCCUAAUUCCUCGCAUGGUAUACGUUUUCACUCUCCAGCAGAAGGGCGGCAAUUUGGGAAUAGACUCUGCAUAUACGCUACGGAUGAUUACCCGGAUGAUUACUGCUCUUAGAGGAGAUACUGGUG